UUGCUGGUUGUUUUUACGAGCAGAGCAAAGCGUAAACAAUCACAUGUGGAAACUGCGUUGAAUUUAAUUUUUAUUUUUUUUGUUGCAAUUUUAAAUUACAAAUAUUUUAUGACUCGAUAAUUAAAAACGAGCAGUAGUCAAAUUAUUUCAUUUAUGACAUAAAAGUUUCAAAUAUUUGAAAAUAUGGAUUCAACAUCAGCCAAUGAUGAUGACAACAAAAUACCACCUGAAAACAUGAUCGUUCUGGUAAAGUGUGACAAAGAAAACUCCGAGUUACAAGACAUUUAUGUCAACAAAAAUAAUUAUAAAAUUGGCAGGGGACGUGAUUGCAAUGCUCAUAUUCUUGAUGUUCUUAUUUCAAGAAAUCAUUGUAUUCUUAAAUUCAAUAAUGAGACUGAACAAUGGAGCAUUACAAAUUUAAGCUCAACUGGAACAAAGCUAAAUGAUGAUAUUUUAGAUAAAGACAAACCUCACGUUCUUCAGACAGGAGACUUUAUUCAAUUCAGUGAAUCAAAUAAAUUUAAGUUUUAUGUUAAAGAAUUUAUUGAAAACGGACCAAAGAUUAAAAAACAACGUCUUGAUGAAUCUGUUUUUAAUGAAGAAAUUAAAAGACAGAAAGCGUUUGCAGAAGAACAGGAGUUGAAGAGAAGAGAAAUGGAAGACCAGCUUAUGAACAAACAAAAAGAACAAGAAGAAUUGAAAACUCGAUUAGAUGAAUUAUUAAAAUGCCAGCAAGAAGCAGAAGGAAAAAGUGAAGAGCAACACGAGCUGAUAAAGCAGCUUGAGGACAAAAUAAAAAGUGGAAAUGCUGUUGAAACACAACUUCAACAAAACUAUAAGCAUCUUUUGUCUACGGUUGAAGCUCAGAAACAACAAUUUGAACAACUAUUGGAUGCUGAAAGACUUAAAUGGCAGCAGACAUUGGACAUGACGAAACAGGAAAAAGAAGCUAUGGAGAAAAAAAUGUUGGAUGAUAUGGCGACAUGGAGAGCUAAGCAAAAUGCCGAGUGGACUACCGUCGUUGAUGACCUGGUGAAAAAAGAAAAAGACAUCCAGAAAAAAUUAGCUGAUGAAAAAGCUUUGCUUGAACAAAGAUUGAUUGAGGCUGAAAGAGCUUUGCAGGAAAAAACUGUUCUUGCUGAGCAGCUACAAAAUACUGUACAAAAUCAACAAGUUAUUGUAGUCGAAAUAGCAGCAAAUGAAGUACAAGGAGAAUCUCUAGAAACUAUUGAUCUGACUAAAGAUGACAUUCGACCGGGUUCAUCCAAAUCAAAUAGUGCAAUAGUUGACAAAGUUGGCAACAUUUUGGACGAACAAUUGACGUGUCAAAUAUGUUCAGAACUUUUCGUUACAGCAGUAACUCUUCACUGUUCUCAUACGUAUUGCCAGUAUUGUAUAUAUAUGUGGAUGAAAAAGAAGCGCGAGUGUCCAAUCUGUCGGGCAGUAAUUACUACAAUUUCAAGAUCAUUAGUCUUGGAUAACUUUAUUGAACAAAUGGUCAAUGAUCUGUCUACUCAUCACAAAGAACGUAGAAGAGAAUUAGUAAAUCAGCAUAAAGCUGCGUGUCGUACGAUGGGUUUUGGAAAUAUCAAUCCAAGAAAAAAAGCAGUUCGUGGACGUCCGUAAUUUUUAUACUGAAACACAACAAAUCUCAGGAAAAAUUUUAUAGCUUUCAUUUGAGUUUUAUAAUUAAGUAAUUAUUAGUUAAUUAUUCAAACGAUAUUAAUUUAGAAACAAAAAAAAAUUAUUUAAAUUUUAAAAUAUAAUGAAAGACAAAAUUUUUAUAAUAUUAAUUAUCUGAAAUAUUUAUUUUAUAUUGUUCUAUUAUUUAUUAAUAUAAAAAAAUUACAAGUAUUAUUACGUAAUAAACUUGUAACAUGUAUUUAAAGAAAGUUUAUCGUUAAAGUAAUUAAAAUAUAAGCCAAAAAAAAUAUAAAUAUCAAAUAUUGAGAAAAUAAUUAUUCUUUUAUACGACAUGUUUAUUUUUUUACUUCGAAGGCUAUCACCUUUUACGUUCUUUUUAAAUAAAUAUCCUUAUUCAUUUAAGAAUGGUCUUAAAUAAUUAGAGCAAUUUAUAUCUGUCGAAUAAAAAUUGUAUACUGCCCAACUGACAUAUUUCUUUAGUUUUCUGAGUGAAAAAUUAAAAAUGAUACCAUUAACAUGCAAUUUUUAGAUAUACAGAACUCCAUUAUCUCGGAACUUCCCCUCAAUCUUGACCCCCGCUACGAGCUACGCUGUCUCCCACCCGAUACUAUACAUUUGUAUGUCUCUGUUUGUAUUUAUCUAUAUAUCAUUCAGGUAGAUGUAACAGGGCAUGCGUUGUAGUUUCCUUUUAAGAAAGAAGGGGCACCCGUUAACUCGAAAAUUCCAAGAAAUUUCCGCUCCUCCGUAAACUAACCGACCGAGUUAAUGGAGUUCGACUGUACUUCUUUUCUCUAUGGUGUGCAUAAUAUUUUUUAUCAUAUUUUCAAUAAAAAGUUCAAACUUCAUUGCUUGAGAGGACAUUGUGCGUCCAUACUUCAUCGCACAUACGAUAACCGGAAUUUAUUUUUCGCUAAUGAAUAAGAAUUUAAUUCUCUUCGCGCAAGAUGGUGAGAAAAAUAUGCACAUCAUAAAGAAAAUCCCAAUAGCUUGUAAAAUUAUUUCAACAAGAUCGUGCAGCUCGGGUAUUUUCGGUUUUUACUCCCACUCUGGGUCUUCUAUGUACUAAAUACUUUCCCACUUUUUCUUACACAUGCGCAGUUUAGGAAUAACCAGUAGUGGGGGGACUUUGAAGUUCAUUCUCCUUCCGGGUCAAGUUCAGCUUGGACAAUGAAUCUCACUCUCGUUUUAAAUCGUUUUGUUUCAUUCCUUGUAACAUAUUAUGCUAAUAACCGAUCAAAUAAGUAAUGAAUAGUAAUUUAUAAUUAUUUACUAAUGAAAAUUAAUAAACUUUUUUUGAAGGUCAUUUAGUUUUUUUUUAAUGGUAAAGAAAAUGUGGAAAAUUUUGUUUUACUGUUCAUCUUCUACGUACUUUGUAAAAAUUACUGUACUUAGAAAAAGUAAUA